GCACCCAAGCGGCGGGUCCAGGGCAAAACAGGUCGCUCCCAGCAUGCCUUCGCGUGCUUUUCCAAGGAAGCGCGCAAGGACGUCCUCGCGAAGGUCCACUUGAGCGACCCGAAGAACUUGGGCGCAGCUUCCAAGGCUCUGGCAGCCGCGUGGGCGGAACUGUCGACACAGGAGCGGAAGCCCUACGAGGCCAGCGCGAUGCUGGCGCGGGGCCAGAAGCAGCUGGAGCAGCUGAGGGGCAGCAAGCUCAAGGAUCCUGUGCAGCUGCAACAGGCCUCGAAGGCCUUGCGCGCCGCUGUGGAGGCCUUGGCUGAGAGUCGGGACGUGACCAAGGCCAUCGGCCUCGUGGAGGCCCUGGAAUCCUUGGACAGUCGCCUCUCGAAUCCUCAGCGUUCGACCCUGGCCUUGCCCAAUUGGCGCGCCGCGGUGCAGGGCGCCGGCGCCGCGAUGGGCGCGGAGGUCGGCGGCCGGCUGAGCGCGCUGCUGCGGAAGUGGGCUGAGGCGCCACAGGUGGGGAGGACCAGGACGACCAAGAAGACGGAGGUUCUCCCGAAGUCGGCCGCGCGGUCGGCGGGAUCUGCGCUGGACGAAAGCAUGAGAAGCAAGUUCGUGGGGAUCCUCAUGCGCAUCGCUGCGCGCACGGGCAAGGCCUGCUUCGAUGCUUGUAGCAGGGUGGAGCGAGCGCUCUUCGAGAAAUGUGGCAAGGAUCCCAAAGAGUACCGACAACGUGCGAGGAGCCUGAGCCACAACUUGGGCUCCAGCGACGGGAAGCUGCUCCGCCAGGUCCUGGAGGGCGUGCUGCCCCCGUGGAGGCUGGUGGCCCUGGAGGCCGAGGACUUGGCGCCCGAAGCGCUGAAGGCGGCUCGGGAAGAGGAGAGGGAGCGCUACUUCCGCUCCGAGGAUGGCAUCCGAUCCAAGGCGACGCACAUGACGCAUGUGCUGCAACGAGUUCCACUCUGGCUUUGGGGCGUUUGCCUCUGCGUGCUGUCGAACUGCUUGACGGCCCUGGGCUUGGUGACCCAAAAGAUGGCUCAUAUACAAAAUGAGCAGAGUGGCAAGAAGGCCAACUACCUCAAGCAGCCGUGGUUCAUUGCAGGCCGCGACCAUGGCAUGACCCAUCAAAAGUUGGACAAAGAGGUGGUGAGGUUGUUUGAGUUCUACAAAGAGUUCAAGUUGGCCCGGCCGGUCACCGGCUACUCGGCAGCCAAUAUCCCGGCCAUGGCGUUGGCGCCGCAGACCAUGCUCAGUUGCCUGGGUGGCCUCUCCUUAGUCUUCAACUCCACGUAUGCGCAUCUCCUACUGGGUGAACAUCUUCGCUAUUCCGAGAUGUUGGUGAUGUGUGCCAUGGUCCUGGGUGCGGUCUUAGUCGUGAGUGUGACUCCCGUGCCCAAGGAGCGCAAGGUCUAUGCGAAUCAGAUCUUCCACUCUAUCCUACACCCUGCCUUCUUAUGGACUGCUCUGGGCGUGGUCUGCGUCUUGGUCACUCUGAGGAUUGCCUGCAAGUGGUUUCCCCAGUUGAAGAUCAUCUUCCUGGGCCUCACCUGUGCCGCCACUGGGAGCUACUCGAUGACCUUCUUCAAGUGCGGCGCCGAGGUGGUCGGCCGCACCUCUCGAUGGUGGUUGAACUUGGAGCUCUAUGCCUUGGCUGUCGUGGCCCUCGGCAUUGUCACCAUACAAAUCACCAGCAUGAACCAGGGUCUUCGACAUGGGGAUGUGGUCAUUGUCAUCCCCACGUUCUUUGCCCUGGGCGUUCUUUUUAGCCUCGUGCAGGCGCAGCUGGCCUUCGGGGAGCUGAACGACCUGAGCGGGGCGCCCAACGUGGUGCUCUUCGCCACCGGCGUGGCGCUCGUCAUCGGCAGCACCGUGGCGCUGCUGCUGCUUCAUAGCGAUGCGGAGGCCGAGGGCCUGCCGCCGAUCGACGAGGAGGAGUACCUGGACAUGGAGGAGCAACGGGCGCCCUUGCUGGAGGACCGGAGGACCAGCAGCGAACCCAGCUUGAAGAGAAAUCACUGGAGCAUCACCUCGCUGUCGCCGCUGGGGAUGCCCUGCCACGGCUCCUUCGACGACAUUCACGAGCUGACCCUCAUCUCCGUGACCGGUCCCAUGGGCGACCCUGAGAGCCAGCCCAGUCCACGCCGCACCGCGGCUGCGGCGGUGCCUGCGGGGAUCGCCCUCGACGGGGAUGCGGAGAUGGCGCAGGCGGUCGUGGUGGCUGACGUGGAGAGCUCCUGCGAGACAAGCUCCUCGUCGGACGAGACCAGCUCCGAUGAGAGCGAGGUGAGCCUUUGGGAGACGGACUUCGGCCUCCUGCCGUUGCAAGACGAGCCAGGACAGGAUGACCUGUGUGGGCAAGCUGCACAGGCCUCGACCUCGGCCUCUUCGUCCUCCAGCCUGGUGGAGGUGGCCGCUGCCCCCGCGAGCUCGGCGGCGCCGGCUCCGCCGUCGGCUCCGCCGUCGGCCGCUCCGGCGCGACGCAUCACGAAGAAGGCCUCCCCAAAGGCCGCCGCCACCGGCCCAGCGGCGUCUUCGGCCAAACUGGACACCUCUCCCGUGCCCCGCCGCGCGGUGCCGAGCCCCCAGCGGCGACAGGCGAUGUCCACCCUGCGGGUGAUGGGCUUCGAGGAGGAACCGGCUCGCGCCAGCCUGGAGCGUGCAGGUGGGAGUUUGGAAAAGGCCAUCCUGAUGCUGACCAAGGCCUCCAAAGCCUAA